AUGUCUACCAACGGUGUUCCCGCUGGUACUCCGACAUACACUACAGCGUUCGUUCGCAACAACAGCGCAACACGCGACUUUCAGCACGAGGGCGAGACCGCCGCGGCUCUGGGACUGCUCCAGCUGUACGCAGAUCCCGUCAUCGACCCACCUGCCCAGCAACCUCGACUCUCCACCACUUCUCGAGUCGCCACAGCGACUUGCUCGCUGAUGGUCCGCCUGCAAAUCCCAGGGGCUCGACUGGCAGCACAGGUAGGUUCUCAAGAGCAGGGCGACUCGAGCAACGGCGCCGAUGCCAGCACCACUGCCGCCCCAACUUCUACUUCAUCAUUACUGGCUCCACCGUCAACUGCACGCCGCAUGGCCAACGGCAUCAGUAAUUUCGCCAAGCGUGCUACCGGUCGCAAGCGCGGUUCGCCAUCUUCUACUUCUCCCGAGCCACCUCGUGGCACCAAGCGUCGAGCCUCCCUAGACGGCGGAGAGCCGCGCACCCUUCGAGUGGAUCGCUUCGGAGCCGACGUUGCGUCCGCAGACCCUAAUCUCUCUCCUUCGGCCGUGCCACAGGCCGAUCAGGCAGGUCAAGGUCCGAGUGACAUGGGUGCUGGGACUGCAAGUCUGCGACGCGGUGGGAAUGAGGGCGACGAGGAGAUGAACGAUGUCGAGUUAGAGAACGAGAACGUGGUUGAAGGUUGCGAAUUCGAUAUGCGGAUGACUUUGUGCCUUUUGCGCGGCGUCAUGGGAGUUUGCUGUGCGGCGAAGAUACCCAAUCCUGUUGUAUGGUUGUCACUUCAACGAUGA